AUGUGUGAGGAGUUGAGUAAAAAAGCAGCUGAUCUGACAUAUGAGAAUGAGAAUCUUAGGAGGGAAAAAGAUUGGGCCUUGAAAGAGUUUCAGUCAUUGGAAACAAUCAACAAGCAUUUAAAGGAACAGGUAUCGAAGUCGAUAAAACCUGAUACAAAAGAAGCUGAAGUUGAGAUGUCUACAUCACCUACUCCGUUUUACCUUUACAACCAGAAUCCAUAUCAGCUUUUCUGUUGGCCUCAUGUUACUCAAUCAUCAAUCGAAACCCGUAAUGGUUUCGCAGCACCAUUCACCACCUCUGCAGGAGCUACUGUUAAAACCCUGACCUCGCAAGAGCAUGAAAAUCCUGCAGAUGAUAACGGGCAGAAAACUCAUUUCUACGUUGUCCCAUGCCCUUGGUUUCUCCCUCCUCCAGAUCAGAGCAAUGGUGUACCCUUCGGGUUUCAAGACGCACAAAGAGGUAUUUCUUCAAACGGACACCAUGUCGAUGAUUCUUCAAACGGACACCAUAUCGAUGAUUCUUCUGCAAUACCUGUUGAGGUCACAAAAGCUCUGCGGUCUCAUAUACCAACUAGAAUCAAAGAUGAGGACUCUGGUUCAACGGAAACCAGACCUUUGUAUGAUCUCAAUGAAUCUGCAACUGAAGUCCUCUCGGAAGGAGGAGAUGGUUUUCCCGUAACGCAUCAAGCUCAUAGUUUCAAGCAUGAAGAUGUCAAUGAGUCGACUAAUGGAGACGCACCGAUGCCGCCUGGUCAUCAUGUUUUGAUUUCUCUACCAGGAAAAAAGCAAGGAUCUUUGGCUGCAGCCGAAGCUAGAAAGAGGCGGAAAGAACUCACUAGGCUCAAGAACCUCCAUGGUCGCCAAUGUCGGAUGCAAGUGUAA